CUCAUCAUCACCCAUCACCAUGGAAGACAACGCCGGCGACUGCGGCGGCAUGACGGCCUUCGCGCUCCGCCUGGCGAAGCGUCUCGCCGACGUCGGCGUCAGCAGCAACAAGAACCUCGUCUUCUCGCCGGCGUCCCUGUACGCCGCGCUGGCGCUGGUGGCGGCCGGGGCACGGGGCACCACCCUGGACGAGCUCCUCGCGCUGCUCGGCGCCGCGUCGCUCGACGACCUCGAGGAGUCCGUACGCCGCGCCGUGGAGGUCGGCCUCGCCGACGAGUCCGCGUCCGGCGGGCCGCGCGUCUCCGACGCCUGCGGCGUCUGGCACGACGAGACGCUCGAGCUUAAGCCGGCCUACCGCGCCGCCGCCGCCGGCACCUACAAGGCCGUGACGCGCGCCGCCAACUUCCAAAGACAGGUCAGUCAGUCCAGGCAUAUGCAGCCAAAGAGAUCAAGAAAGAAGAUCAACAAGUGGGUGUCCAAGGCGACGAACAAGCUCAUCCCCGAGAUCCUCCCAGAUGGAUCAGUUCAUGUCGACACCGCCCUCGUGCUCGUGAACGCCAUCUACUUCAAGGGCAAAUGGUCCAAUCCCUUCCCCAGGUCGAGCACCACCACCGGCAAGUUCCACCGCCUCGACGGCAGCUCCGUCGACGUCCCGUUCAUGAGCAGCCGGGAGGAUCAGUACAUCGGCUUCCACGACGGCUUCACGGUGCUCAAGCUGCCGUACCACCACCGGACCAUGAAGAACCAUGGCGAUGGUGGCGACACUAUCACCAACAGUAGCAUCACUCGGGCCAUCCUCGAGCACUACGGCGGCGAGAACGUAGGGCUGUCGAUGUACAUCUUCCUUCCGGACGAGCGCGACGGCCUGCCGGCGCUCGUCGACAAGAUGGCGGCGUCGUCGUCGUCGUCCUCCUUCCUGCGCGACCACCGGCCGACGCGGCGUCGCGAGGUCGGCGACCUCAGGGUGCCGAGGUUCAAGGUGUCGUUCUACAGCCAGAUCAACGGGGUUCUGCAGGGGAUGGGGGUGACGGCCGCCUUCGACGCCGGCGAGGCCGACCUGUCCGGCAUGGCGGAGGGCGUGGAUCAGCGGGGCGGCGGGCUGGUGGUGGAGGAGGUGUUCCACAGGGCGGUCGUGGAGGUGAACGAGGAAGGCACGGAGGCGGCGGCGUCCACGGCCUGCACGAUCAGGCUCUUGAGCAUGAGCUACCCGGAGGACUUCGUCGCGGACCAUCCGUUCGCGUUCUUCGUGGUGGAGGAGACGUCGGGCGCGGUGCUCUUCGCCGGCCACGUCCUUGACCCAACAAGCAGCUCAGAGUGACAAUGCAAGAAGAUGAAUAGCAUAAUAAUAGAAUAGAUAAACAAAAUGAAAUUUCAGCGUUGAUUAGAAAACUACCUAAAUUUAUGGCGCCAUACUUUUUAUGAAAAAAUA